AAUGGAAGUGGAGAAUAAUAUAUACCUACUGCACCUCAAAAGCCAUCAGAAAUGAUCCUCAAGGCCUCAGUUACAGAGAAUGAAUUCCGGGGCAAGUUGCUGAGUCAGAGGUGGACGAGAGGAGAGCGGAGCGGCAGCUGCCUGGGCACACACAACCUGCAGAGGAAGCCAGCCAGAAUGAGUCUGGAGGUUGAAGAGAAACGAACGCGGACACGCUCAAGGGGAAACCGAGCGCCCGUUGAGCUUAUGGGACAACAGGAAUUAAGCUGCCCCACGCCUGGAUGCAGCGGCUCAGGACACAUCAGUGGGAGAUACUCCCGGCAUCGCAGCGUGCUAAGCUGCCCUUUGGCCAAAAAGAGGAAACAGCAGGAGGCGGAGUCAGAACAGGACCAGCCCACUCCUAAGAGGAAGCCCCACCCCCUGACACUGGCCCUUGAUGAGGGCUACAGUGUGGAUGGCUCCGGCAGUGAGGAGGAGGUGGAAGGCAAGGAUGACCCCUCCGCAGAGGAAGGGGCAGAGUCAGAGUUGGAGGAACAGAGGGAGGAGGAAGAGGAGGUGCUGACGAAGAAAGGGGAGCCUGGAGAGAGGCCCAGCACAGCAGAGGUCACAGUAGAGGAAGGUUUGCCAGCGGAAUCUUCGAGCACUGGAAAAUGUGACGAUACCGAGCAGUCAUCUGCAGCCUCACCCACACCCACAGACACGCCCCCAGCCUCUCCCACAGCUGGGACCCGCCUCUCCAGUUGCCAUGAGAUAGUUGCCAGCUCUUUGCUCCACCUGAGCCAGAUCACAGAGGCCACGCCCCUCCAGCAAAAGGUUGUCAUGGAGACAGGGGCAGACAACCAGGAGGAAAGGGCUGGGCAGGAAGAGGAAAAUAAAGACAAUGAGCCUGCAGAUGUGAAGCAUGAGGAAGAGGAAGAUGAAGGCGAUAUGGGCAGAGAGGUGAAGUGUGAAGAGGAAAAGGUAGUGCAGCAGCCAGUAGGGGGAAAACUUGAGGUGUCAGCUGAUGAAGAAGAAGAGGAAGGAGAAGUAGGUGGGCCACAUGCUGGGCAAAGGGAAAAUUCAGACCACCAGUAUUUCAGCGGGGCACAGGCAGAGGUCAAGAGGGAGGGCACACAGGAAGAGGAAGAAGAUGAUGAAGCUGAUGAAGAUAACGAGGAGGAGGAAGAGGGAGAGGGAGAAAAACCCACCUCCACCAACAUCAGCACCGCCAGCGUCUCAUCUCAGGGAUCAGAAACCGAAGCACAGGGAGUGGGGCAUGGCAAAACUGCCCAAGGAGAAGAGACCCACCCCACUCCCAAAACCACACCCCCCACUGCGGCCCGCAUGGAGGAGUCAGAGAGAGAGGAGGAGGAAGAGGAGGAGGAGGAAGAGGAAGAGGAGCACGAUAGCCUCUCGCAGAGGUCAGUGGUGAUGGAGGAGGCAGAGUCGUACGACCUGACGCGGGGGAACCUGGGGCUCCUGGAGCAGGCCAUCGCCUUGAAGGCAGAGCAGGUGCAGGGCCACACCCACCAACCCCUCAGGUACUUCCCCACGAAGGAGCGGCCAGACAAGCUCACGGACGCCGCGCACAGCAAGGGUUACUUCAGCAAAGAGAGCUCCAGGCAGGAGAAAAAGGAAGUGAAAUGCCCCACCCCUGGCUGUGACGGGACGGGUCAUGUGACCGGCCUGUACCCUCACCACCGCAGUCUGUCCGGCUGCCCACACAAGGACCGGGUCCCUCCAGAGAUCCUGGCCAUGCACGAGAAUGUGCUGAAAUGUCCAACACCUGGCUGCACGGGACAGGGUCAUGUCAACAGCAACCGCAACACCCACAGGAGUCUGUCAGGCUGUCCCAUUGCUGCAGCAGAGAAGCAGUCCAAGUCCCACGAGAAGCAGUCCGCCCCGCCGUACCCCUCCACUGACAGCACGCCAGGAAGCCCCAACUCUGACAGAGUCCUCAGGCCCAUGUGUUUUGUGAAGCAGCUGGAGAUCCCCCAGUAUGGCAGUUUCAGGCCAGGUUCACUACCAGCUACGCCUCGCGCCAACCUCGCUAAGGAGCUGGACAAGUACUCCAAGGUGUCCUUCGACUAUGCCACCUUCGACGUCCAGGUGUUCGGGAAGCGCAUGCUGGCCCCAAAGCUACAGACCAGUGAAACCUCACCAAAAGCCUUUAAAUCCAAACCCUACCCCAAGGCCUCUUCCCCCAGACGCAGCGUGCCCGGGGGUUACACACAGAAUGCCUCUUCCUCCUGCUCCUCUUCUUCCUCCUCCACCAGCGGCUACGACUACUCCCAUGAUGCUGAGGCUGCUCACAUGGCUGCCACUGCCAUCCUUAACCUGUCCACCCGCUGCUGGGAGAGACCCGAGAGCCUGCUCUCCAAGCAGCAAGAGAGCCCAAACAUUGAGGUGGAUGAGAACGGCACCUUGGACUUAAGCAUGAAGAAGCCUGUCAAACAGGACAGCUCCAGCCCAGGGCUGCGCUCACAGGACGCUCCUUCCUCCUCUUCCUCCUCCUCCUCCUCCCUGCACCCCGGUGGCGGCAGCAGCAGUAGCGUGACCUCACCUCCUUCUAGCCAUGCCCACAGGCCGGAGGAGUGGGAGGGGCCUCUGGACUAUACCAAACCCAACCGUCAGAGAGAGGAGGUACCAGAGGAGGUGGAGCAGACCACACAGGCAGAACAGUCUUACUCUUCUUCUGACAAUGAGGACUACGACAGGACAAAGGGCAGCAUCGAGGAGAGGAAGUACCCUGGCGAGGUCACGACAUCUAGUUUUAAAGUCAAAUUCCAGCCAAAGGAUUGCAAGAAAGAUGUUCUGCUGUGCCCCACCCCAGGCUGUGAUGGAAGUGGUCACAUCACUGGGAACUAUGCCUCUCAUCGGAGUCUGUCUGGAUGUCCUCUCGCUGAUAAAAGCCUGCGGUCCCUCAUGGCAGCCCAUUCUCCUGAGCUCAAGUGCCCCACCCCGGGAUGCGACGGCUCAGGUCACAUUACAGGAAACUACGUGUCCCACAGGAGUUUGUCUGGGUGUCCCCGCGCUAAAAAAGGAGGAAUAAAAACAACCCCCACCAAGGACGACAAGGAAGAUUCUGAGCUCAUAAAGUGCCCAGUGCCUGGCUGCGACAGCCAGGGCCACAUCAGUGGGAAGUAUGCUACCCAUCGCAGUGCCUAUGGGUGCCCGCUGGCGGCACGCCGGCAGAAGGAGGGCUUCCUGAAUGGCUCACCUGUCUCCUGGAAGUCCUUCAAGACUGAGGGCCCGGUCUGCCCCACCCCCGGCUGUGACGGCUCUGGCCAUGCCAACGGCAGCUUCCUCACACACAGGAGUCUCUCUGGUUGUCCCAGAGCCUCCCUCUCUAAGAAGAAGGCCAGGGCUCCUGGGGAGGAGUACGGCAGCACUAAAUUCAGGGCCAGUGACGUUCUGGAUAACGAUGAGGACAUCAGACAGCUGAACAAAGAGAUCAGCGAGCUGAAUGAGUCCAACACUGAGAUGGAGGCUGACAUGGCCAACCUGCACACUCAGAUAUCUUCCAUGGAGAAGAACCUGAAAAACAUGGAGGAGGAGAAUAAGCAUAUCGAGGAGCAGAAUGAGGCCUUGUACCUGGAGCUCUCCGGCCUGAGUCAGGCUCUGAUCCGCAGCCUGGCCAACAUCCGCCUGCCGCACAUGGAGCCAAUCACGGAGCAGAAUUUCGACACCUACGUGGACACUCUGACCGAUAUGUACUCCAACAAAGAAUGCUACCAGAACCCGGAGAACAAGGCUCUGCUGGAGAUUAUUAACCAGGCUGUGCGGGGCAUUGAGGUCUGAGGAAUGAGAGGACGCAGAGAAACAAGGGGAAGAAACCGCAGAAAUGACAGAGUAAUGUCACGGAGACUGACAAACAAAAAAAGGGCAUCCACGGACCUCUUCCUAUUACACGAAAAGCAAAACCACUGGGACCAAAAUCCAUACAAGCUGCUGAUAGGUAUGUGAGGACAAGAGGAACUGAGCCAAAUCCAUCAUUUUUGGUCUUAUUUUGUGGAAUAUAGUUUUUGUUGUAGUGAGGGAGUAGCUUUGUUUCUGGACUGUUGGGGUAUGAGGAUGAAUGGAGAAGGAUGUGAGCAGGAGACCAGGGGGCACAGCUCACAGGGGAUGGGGAAAUGAACAAGGCAGGGAUCGAUUACAUGUGUCACUCUCACAGCAUACUGAUAUUACACUCCCCGGCGCGUCAAAGUUACGCUCUCAGCGUGCUUUCAUCACACUCUCAGUGCGCUGACAUUAUGUUCUCAGUGUGUUGAAGUUGCAGACUCAUAUGUUGACAUGGGUUUCUCAUUACGUCACACAUUCAGCUUGUUUAUGUUUGAAAUCGGAUCAAACGAGAUUGCAUCUGAAGCGUGGAUGAGCUUAAUGGUCAACUGUUUUAACAUUGGGGACAGUAGGGGGGAGGGGUAUAUUUGGAUACACCGGGGAAUUUCCUAACCUCCAUAUUGAAAGCCUGUGGUUGUGUUGGUGGGCACACAAAACAGCCUCAUCACCCCAAGGGUGCAGCCACAUGCACUUGCUCUGUCUCCUGCAAAAGACAAAUGUACACUGUGUAAACCUCA